GUUCUGACUAGCCCGGGCUAUCAGCUGGCCAGAUAGGAAAGUCUUCCCUGCUGGACUCUGAUAACCUGCCUGAUUCCAUUCCAUUGGCUUACCCUAACUCGUGUGGUUCAGAAUCGGCAACUGGGUUACGGAUCGCCACUCCGCGGAAUAGACUUUUUUAUAAACACGGCUGAAUGAGACCUGUCUGUUCGUUCAGUCACCGCGCCUGUCGUGUAACCCUUUUCCUGCACGCCAGUCUUGUCGCAGCAUCAUGUCUUCCACCACCACGGCCACUGUACCGACACAAGAGGAGCCUCCGGCCCAAGUCGAGUCCAACAUCCAAGGGAAAUCAGCCAUCCAGGCCAUCUCUCAGGGCAACACUCUCCCCGGGGUCCCAUCCUUCACAUCCAUGGACAAAAAGCGACGAUGGAUGCUCGAGCACAUGGCGGGGGCUUUCAGAGUCUUUGCCCGCAAGGGGUUCUCCGAAGGCAUGAGUGGCCACAUCUCCUUGCGUGACCCGGAGCAUCCGGACUGCUUCUGGACCAACCCACUGGGUCUCCAUUUCGGCCAGGUCAAGGUGUCUGACCUGAUUCUUCUCAACCACGCUGGCGAGCCAGUAGGCGGGAAUCGGUCGCGCCCGGCCAAUGCGGCCGGAUUCCAGAUCCACGGCGUCCUCCACAAGAUGUAUCCCCAGGUGAACGCGGCGUGUCAUGCACACUCCAAGUACGGCAAGGCCUGGUCGACGUUUGCCAAACCACUGGACAUGAUUAAUCAGGAUGUCACCAUGUUUUAUGGCGACGCGCAGGCAGUCUAUCCAGAGUUUGGGGGCGUAGUCCUCGAGACGGAAGAAAGCUUGCGUCUGGGCCGACACCUGGGGAACAACGGCAAGCUGUUGAUCUUGCGGAACCACGGCCUCCUCACGGUCGGCGAGACCGUCGAUGAGGCGGCGUACCUGUUUACCCUGGCCGAGCGGAGCUGCGAGAUUCAACUCCAGGUGGAUGCAGCGGCGGCACAAGGGAUGGAAAAGAAGCUCAUCGAGCCGGAAGCGGCCGCAUUCACAUUCAAGAUGACCAGCGACCCGGAGGCGUUAUACUGUGAGUUCCAACCGGACUAUGAAAUGGAGCUGGAACGGUCCAACGGGAGGUUUCUACAGUGAGCGACCGACGCGGGUAAUGAU